CAGAGGAUGAAAAAAAGAAGCAUGCAGAAAUGCGUAUAGAUGAUUUUGAUUGGCAAAGGCAUAUUGCUGAAGAUAACAUGGGUCCAAUGGAAGACCAUACUCUUGGGUCAGUGGAAGGGUUUUACAUCUUGUUAGACCCCAGAAACCAUCAUUUAAGUGGUCAACGAGCUGUUUUAAUGUCUGAGCGUUUGUCUGUCAAGGAAUCAAUCUGCCUAGAAUUUUGGUAUGCCCUUCCUGAUGUGGCUGAUGGGGCAACUCUUCAAGUGUACCAGAGUGAUGUUUAUGAAACAUCAUAUCUUGUUAGUUCUUGGAGAAACACCACUAAUGACAAAUGGCAGAAAGCUCAGAUUACCAUCACUCCUGGUGAUCACAAGGAAGGAAAAUAUAUUUGGGUGUACAUUGUUGGAACGCUUGGAAGUGAUCACACAGGUUAUGCUGCUGUUGACGACAUUAGAGUGAUACCAGAUGCUUGUGAACCUGAAGUAGUGGAACCAUUUAACUGUGGCAUGGAUCAACAUGUAUCCCAAGGUGCAGUCUGUAACUUUAGAAUCGAUUGUAUUAAUGCUGCUGAUGAAGAAAAUUGUUCUUCUUGUGACUUUGAACAUGGUCAGUGUGGCUGGGAAGAUGUCAAUGCUAAUGUACAGGGGAUGUACAAGUGGAUUCGAACUGAUGGAAAUUCGAAGUUUGGACCACAAACAGACCACACCAUUUCCUCAGAAAAAGGAUACUACAUGACAGCCUAUUUUCAAGAAAAUUAUAACAAUGAAGAUAAUUUGAUGAUUAGUGGUCCAAGGUUUCAAGAUUCUGGUGCAACUUGCUUUGUUAGCUUUUGGUACAACUACAAAGGACCAGUGACCUUGGAUGUAGAAAUUGAGAUCAAUGAAAGGGAGAACAUUCAUGUAUGGACUCUCCCAAGAAAAGAAUCUUUGCCUGAUCUCUGGAUGGAGGGUCAAGUGUACAUUGGACGUGUACCUACUAAAGCUAGAUUGUACUUUAGGAGUUCCAACUCAGGUUCUGAACGACAGUAUGUUGCUAUAGAUGAUAUAAGAACAAUUGAUUGUGGAAUACCACCACCAGUUUUGGAUGAAUGUUCUGACACCCAGUUCCGGUGUGCAAACAAAGCUUGUAUUGACAGAAGCCGUGUUUGCGAUUAUACUGAUGAUUGUGGUGACCGAAGUGAUGAACAGUACUGUUAUCAGUACCACUAUCGUUGUAAUUUUGAUUAUUCACUUUGUGACUGGCAACAUGAUGUAGCUGGAAAUGCAAGAUUUAUAAGAAGGUCUGGGUUCCAGUUUUUGUCUGAGGGCCCCACGAGAGACCACACAAGAGGACUUCGUUUUGGAGGAUUUUUGUUCUUGGCACCAGACAUGAACACCAAUAAGCUUGCUAAACUAGCUGGUCCUAUAUUUCAACCAACAGAAAACUGCAUAAUGAGUUUCUACUAUGAUAUACGUGGUGAUAUACCUAUUGAACUUAAGAUAAAGACACGGAAUUUUAAAGAUGGACAAGAGAAAGAUGUGUGGGUCACUAAAGAAGGGAAUGAAGCAUAUUAUUUAUUACGUGGAGGAGUACUAUUCAAAGAGAAGCGGAAUUUCCAGGUAAUCAUUGAAGGGAUAGUUGGUGCCUUGAAGAAAGGAGGCAAGAGAUACUUGGCAGUUGAUGAUGUAUCAUUUUCAUCAGAUUGUAUCCCUGAACUGACUCCUCUUCCGACUGCCCCGCCACCCACACUUCCUCCCUUACCAGAAGGGUGUACAGUUAAAGAUUUUCUCUGUAAGACAGAAGAUCAGUGUGUCCCACAAAACCAAGUUUGUGACUUUGACCGCCAGUGUGCUGAUGGAUCAGAUGAAUCUGAAUGUGGUGAAUGUGACUUUGUUAACACCAUGUGUGGAUGGACCAAUGUUGGUACUGGAAUUUAUCGUUGGGAUCCUGUGAAAGCCAGUAGUUUUGCCCAUUUUCAGGAUGAAACAACAAUUCCUAGUGUUGACAGUCAGGGUGAUCCUGAAGGAUGGUUCUUGGUCCUAGAUAGUGAGAAUAAAGGUCUUUUCACUAGUGCUGCUCGAAUGACUACACCAGUGCUUCAGGAAAUGGGCUACUCCUGUUCGGUAGAAUUUGCCUACCACUACAACUCCUUUGGUGGAGGAAUUGAACUAAGAGUUCUGGAUCCUGGAGAACCUAAAAAUUACAAGACAGUUUUUGUAGUAAAUGCUAACAAAGGAAAACUAUGGCAGCGAGUUUCUGUGUCCUUAGGACCUUGGCCAGCUGGAAAAGUGUUGGAACUGCGUGGAAAUGCAGAGAGAGAAUUGUUUGGAUUGCUUCCUGCAAGAGACAUAGCAAUAGAUAAUUUUAAAUUCAAGGAUUGCAGCCCAAGAAGCCCUGCAAGUAAAUCUCUAAAUUGCACCUUUGAAGAAGAUGAAUGUGGAUGGUAUCCACAAAACAAGAAUGGUACUAGAGAAUGGCUACGAGGGAAAGGACAGUCCAACUAUGGUGUAACUGGGCCUUCUACUGAUCACACUACAGGAAGAGGAUACUAUAUGUAUAUCUCAAGGUAUGAACAGUUUGCAAAGGAAGGAGACAAAGCUUACCUUAUUUCUAGUAUUCAAUCACCAUCUGAUGGUCGUUGUCUCAUGUUCUGGUACCACAUGUAUGGCCAAGGAAUUGGAACUCUUAAUGUCCAAUUUCAGUCACAGAACAGUUCACAAACAGUUUGGACAAAGUCUGGUUCACAAGGAAAUACAUGGCAACAAUCCCAAAAGUCAAUUAUUAGUAAGAAUAAUUAUCAACUUGUCUUUGAAGGUGUUUUGGGAAGUAAUCGUAGGAGAACCAUUGCUAUUGAUGACAUUGUUGUCCUGGAAAGGGCAUGCCCACCCCCAUUGACAUGUGACUUUGAAGCUGACUUUUGUGGGUGGAAAGCAGAAAAUGUGCAACUUACUACUGGAAAAGAUGCAGGGCAACCAGAAGUUGAUCACUCAACAGGCACAGACACAGGAAAAUAUGUUCUGUUUAAUGAGGCAAAUGGUGUUCUUACAAGCCAAGACUACAAUUUGACCUUUGGUACUCGCUGCCUUCAUUUCUGGUUUUUUCUUGAGGGAAAGAAAGAUGAUAGAUUACAAGUAAAUUUGGUUGAGUCUACAAGGGAUGGAAAUGAAAAUAACAUCAUCUGGGUAGAACAAGGAUAUGAAUCUCUGAAAGGGGAAUGGUUGUAUGUUAUGGUGAACUUGGAUAUCACUAACCCACCUUAUAAGGUAAUAUUCUCUUCAGAAAAGCAAAAUGCUGAUUCUGUGAUUGCUCUCGAUGAUCUGAGAGUUGGAGAUGAUGUAUGCCCUUCCCCAGGAAGCUGUAACUUUGAACAUGAUUUAUGCACUUGGAAAAGUUUACCAAAACCUUGGAGUACAGGUCUGGUAUGGCUACGAAAUUCAGGUUCUGUGCCAUCUUCAUGGACUGGUCCAACCUCUGACCACACAACUGGAACAUCACUAGGUUGGUAUAUCUUCAUGGACAGUGGCACAGGAAGUUCUGGUGAUACAGCAAUCAUAGAAAGUGAAAUGUUACAUUAUAGUCCAAAGGCCUGCAUAUCAUUUUGGUACUUUAUGAAUGGUCUGUUUGUCGGAGAUAUAAAAGUCAGAUACAAAGUAUAUCCUGAAGGAACAGCCUUUGAUGUUGAUGGAAUAAAAGGUUCUCAAGGAAAAGGUUGGAAACUGUUUAAAAGACUGGUUUCAGAUCUACCACAGUCAUACAGGAUCUGGAUUAUUGGGUCUCCUGGAUUUUUAAGUGCGAGUGGAUCUAUUGCCAUCGAUGACAUCAGCAUUUUUGACAAAACUUGUGAUGAUCCUGUCAUUACACAAGAGCCACCAACGAAAUACCCACCAACAAAAUGGGACUGUGACUUUGAAAGUGGAACUUCGUGCUCCUGGAUUACUGGAAAUGACUGGAUUAUUCGUCAGGGUCGUACUUCUUUCAAAGACCAGCGUGGUCCAUAUCUUGAUCACACCAAGGAUACUCCUUUAGGACGAUAUGCUUUAUUGGAUCCUUCAUCAAAUACAACUUAUGGAGAUCUUAUCAGUCAAACAAUUCCAGCUUCUCGUAACUACUGUUUAAUGUUUUGGUAUCAUAUGAAAGGCACUUCAACAUUGUCCCUAAGCUUACAUGCUAAUAUUGGAGGUUUGAUUUAUGGUCCAUUAUGGAUCAAGAGGAACAGCCAAGAAAAAGAGUGGAACUAUGGAUCUUUUAAUAUUCAGAAACAAGCAAAUAUGUCUCUUGUCUUAAGAGCCAAACGCAGUGAGCCUGGUGUAGGAGAUAUUGCUAUAGAUGAUGUAGCAUUAUUUCAAGGAGAAUGCCCUGUAUUACAAAACAUGCUGUGUGACUUUGAGACAGAAGAUAUCUGUGGCUAUCGUACAGAAUGCCCUGACUACAUCUGUUGGCAGAGGAUACAAGGAAGUACUCAGACAAAAGGAACAGGCCCAACUUCAGAUCAUACCUAUGGAACAAAUGAAGGUCACUAUAUGGUGGUGCAACCAUCACAGAAAGGAAGAAACCCUUCUAACAACAAGGCCUAUUUAGUUAUGCCUAAAAUUCCAAGCACAGAGAACACAGGAGGUUGUUUGCAUUUUUGGUACCAUAUGUUUGGGAAAGACAUAUACAAAUUGAACAUCUAUAUUCGACCUCUCCAAGGAGAAUUAGCAUAUCCGCUCUGGUCUCGUAAUAGUCAGCAUUACAACUCUUGGCGUAUUGGACAAGUCACAGUCAGCACUCCAUUUGUUCAUGAUAUUGUCUUUGAAGCUGUUACAGGCCAUGGGGAGCAAGGUGAUAUUGCACUUGAUGACCUCAUGUUAACAGAUGGAGAAUGUCCAUCACCAGGAAGUUGUGACUUUGAAAAAGACCUGUGCACAUGGAUGAAUGUAGAAACACAAGACUUACAGUGGCUGAGGAAUCAAGGUCCCACCCCAACUGAAAAUACAGGACCAACAACAGACCACACUUUUGAAAAUCUUGAAGGAACAUAUAUUUACUUGCAUGCAGCGAAUCCUGAUGGGAAAAGAAAUCAAGUGGGAAUACUGGAGUCUGAAUUUUUAAGUCUUGCUUCUGAUCGAUGCUUAUCAUUCUGGGCACAUAUGAAUGGUAGUGAAAUGGGCUCUCUUGAAGUAGGUGCCCAAUCUUUUAACUUCAUGGCCAAUCAGUCAGAAAUUUUUAUUUUGUGGAAACGAGAAGGACAUCAAGGUCCAGAAUGGUUUAAUAUACAGCUUAACUUAGAUCUUAGUAACCUAGAAAUCAAUGAAGAGUACCAGAUCAUUUUUAGGGGGAUCACUAAAGGAAUGCUCAGUGACAUUGCUCUUGAUGACAUUGAAGUCACGGAUAAUGUCUGCACUAAACCACCACCAGAUACAUUUGAUUGCCGAGAAGGUAGCAGCUUUGUGCCAUUGUCAAAAGUGUGUGACUUUAAGAUUGAUUGUAUUUUGAGUAAAGAAGAUGAACAAAAUUGUGGAGCUUGUGACUUUGAACUUAGCCAGUGUGGGUGGGAAAACUCUGGUACUGGUUCUUCAUACACAUGGGCCAGGCAACAAGGUAACACAGAGAGCAAAGAUGGUCUUCCCCUUGAAGAUCAUACCACAAAUACUUCCUUGGGGUGGUACAUUUAUCUUAAAUCUAAGAGUACCUAUGGUAAUGAAGCAGUAUUGCGAAGUCCAGAUGGAGUGAGACGUCUUAAGUUAGCAGCAUCAACAUGUGUAAUGAAAUUUUGGUAUUACAGUGGGGGAUCUAAUUAUGGAAGUUUGAGAAUAAAAAAACAAUUUGGAGCUAGUACUGGGAGUCUAUGGGAAAUUCCCAAAGGGAAAGAAAAAAUGUGGCAUGAAGCAAAGGUUUAUAUAGGACGAGUAAGUUCAGAAUUCAAUUUGGAAUUUCAUGGACGUAAACAGUACUAUUAUACAGAAGUUGCUAUUGAUGACAUCUCUUUUGAAAACUGUGCCCUUCCAUUUGCCAGUGAAAGUUGUGGUGAAAAUGAAAUUCAAUGCCCUGAUACCAAAGCUUGUGUAAAACAAGACGAAUUGUGUGAUUUAACAGAUGACUGUGGAGAUGGGUAUGAUGAGUCAUUCCAGGUUUGUAAAGAUUUUCCUCCUCAUUGUACUUUUGAAGAUGAUUCUGGUUGCCUUUGGUAUGAAGAACAUUCAAAAUGGUCAUAUAAGUGGUCAAAGGAUUCCUCAAGAACAUCUCGUGGCACUGGUCAGUCAGGCCCUUUGAAUGAUCACACUAAAGCUUUGGAUAAAGUAGGAAAAUUUCUUCUUUUAACAGCCUCGUACAGUAGCACCGAAGGAGAUAAGGCAUAUUUUUAUAGUCCAAAUUACAAAGUGAAGAACAGCAGCUUUUGUACCCUUCGUUUCUAUUAUUACAUGUAUAGUGAGUAUGAAAAAUUAGGACCCCUAAAUGUGUAUAUGGAGUUUGAAAAUAAAAGCUAUUCUCCAAAACUGUUAUGGACAAUGGAUGAAAAUGUGGGACAGGUCUGGGAAAGAGUGGCUGUUACUGUAAACUCUGAAAAACCAUUUCAUUUCUUUUUUGAAGGUGUGAGAGACAGUUUUUCUUCUACACAGUUAGCAAUUGAUGAUAUUUCUCUCAGUCAAGAUUGUAUUUAUUAUGAUGGGGAAUUACCACCACCACCUUCGACCCCUAGACCAACUGUAUAUCCAUGUAGAGAAACUGAAUUUAAAUGUGAUAUUGGUCCUUGUAUUCCAAAAGUGAGCUAUUGUGACUUCUCAUUGGAUUGUAAAGAUGGGUCAGAUGAGGCUGAAUGUGGACCAUGUGACUUUGAAAAAGAUCUCUGUGGUUGGAAAGAUAAAAGUUCUGGGUUGUACUCUUGGGCCAGGGAUUCUGCAUCAUCUGAAAAUGGCCCUAAGAAAGAUCACACAACAAAUUCCUCAGAUGGUCAUUAUGUUUACGUUAAGAAAUCUUCUGGCUUGUUUCUGUCAACAGCAAAGCUAGAAAGCCCAUUGCUGCCCCCUGCAUCUGCUCAUUGUGAAGUUAAAUUUUGGUAUCAUAUGUAUGGAAAUAAAGAGGAAACUUUAUUAUUGGAACAUAGAUCUUUGAAAAAUCAGGGUUUUAAAAGUUUGUGGAAAAAAUACGGAGACCAAGGAAAUGAAUGGAAAGAGGCUAGCAUAAGAAUUCCUUCAGGCCCACGUGAUGCACAGUUGAGGUUUACAGUCAAUGUUCCAUUUAGAAUUUAUCAAACAGCAGAAGAUUUGGCAAUCGAUGAUAUAAGUUUUCUGAACUGUGACCCUAAACGAUUAGCUGCAAACUGUAAUUUUGAUGAUGAAACCUUUAAUAAUGGGCUUUGUUGGUGGGAACAUGAUAAAAAUGCUGAUUUCCAAUGGAAAAGACACAGUAGCAUAACUAGCUCUAAUUUCACAGGACCAACAACAGAUCAUACUACAGGAAGUGGAUAUUAUAUGUACAUUGAUCAAAAAGGAAGAAAACAGAAGGAUGUUGCUAGAUUGAUUAGUCCUCUUAUGUCUGAAAACAAUCCUGAUGGUGAAUGUUUUUCUUUUUGGUAUCAUAUGUAUGGUAAACAUAUUGGGUAUCUGUACGUUGAGAUUCUUUUCAAGGGAAAGACAUUGAUUGCUUGGGAAAGGGCUCAUUCACAGGGUAAUAAGUGGUUACAUGGAGAAGUUUUCAUUCAGAUGUCAUCAGAUUAUAGAAUUGCUGUGAAAUCUUCUACAGAGGUAGGAGAUCAGGGUGACAUAGCUGUUGAUGAUUUUACCUUGUCUGAUGGAUUAUGUCCACGUAUAACUACAUGUGAUUUUGAAAUAGACUUUUGUGGUUGGAAUCAUACCUAUGAAGGCUUAACAGGCUGGAUUAGAAGCAAUGGCAGUUUAAAUUUUACAGAAGAAAAGCCAAAAACAGAUCACACAAUGAACACACAAUAUGGGCAUUAUAUUUAUCUUCCAAAGAAAAGAUUUGGUGACUUAGCUAGGUUGACUUCUCUAUAUUUUAACAGUGUUGGUGAGCGAUGUUUUGAAAUGUGGUACAUGAUGUUUGGUGCUGAUAUUGGAACACUAGCCAUCUAUCAACGCACAUCUGAUGAAAAAAGACUAGAGAAUUUGAUUCCUAUCUGGAAAAAAGUGGGCCAUCAUCGUGCAAUCUGGAAAAGAGGAAUGGUUUCUCUAAAACCAUUAACCUCCUAUUAUAUUACCAUUGAAGCUCAGAGCGACAGGGGAACAGGUUACAUUGCUGUAGAUGACAUUAAGAUAUUGAGUGGCCCAUGUUCUAAUCUAGGUGCUUGUGAUUUUGAAAAGGAUACAUGUGGAUGGAUUCAAGAUUCCACAUUUUCAUCUCUUGAUUGGAUUCGCCGUACUGGUCUUGAUCAAAAUUUAGGCAGUGGUCCAUUAGUUGAUCAUACAACAUUUAAUAUUCAAGGCCAUUAUAUGUAUGCUUCAUUUACAGGGGCUAACAAAAGUGACAUUGCAUUUCUAAUGAGUGAAGACAUAGAGGAUAGUAAAGAGUGGUGUAUAUCAUUUUGGUUUUAUAUGGUGAAUCCCCAAAAUAUAUCUUUAUCUAUUAAACAAAUGACAACUGAUGUAGGUUGGAGACCUGUAAAAUCCAUUUAUACUGCUGAGCCAGGUUGGAUCAGUGAAGAAGUUGAUGUGCAUAAACUAGACAAUUUUGACUUUUUCAAUAUUGCUGUUGUUGCAACAUCUUUUGCCAAUCAGAACAGUGUGACUGACAGAGGAGUUGCUGUUGAUGACAUUAGUCUUAUGGCCCAUAGGUGUGGAGUGACUACCACAUCUAGUACUGUUGGAACACCCCUCCCUACUCCAACACCUUCACACUUUGAUUGCAAUUUUGAGAUAGAUAUGUGCUCAUGGCAUAAUACUAAUCCAUCCAGUAUAUACUUAUGGGAAGUUGUACAAGGUCACACAUACAGGAACCUCACUAGGCCUGGAUUUGAUCACACAACUGGUGCUGUUAGUGGACAUUACCUAACUCUUAAUAAUGCUGCUACAAAUGGAUAUGUGUAUGCUAUAUUGAUCUCUAAAAAUACAUUGUUACUUAGCAAAAAAGAUUAUUGCUUUAAAUUUUGGUAUUACAUGUAUGGUAGUGGAAGCUAUUCCAAAUUAAUAUUCUAUCUUACUGAUGCUGAUGACAACAAGAAAACAUGGGAAUUAUGGACUCGAACAGGAAAUCAAGGUCCCUCAUGGGUAUAUGAGCAGUUACACUUAACCAUCAAAACAGAUUCUUACUUGGUAUUUAAAUCUUUAGGAUCACAAACAUCUGUGUCUUUGGAUGAUUUUGCUCUACAAGAAGGAACCUGUCCUCCACGAGAAUUUUGUGAUGUGGAGCAAGAUAUAUGUAACUUCAACUUUGACCCUGAAGCUGAUUUUCUUUGGUCUGUUGGCAAAGCAGCUGAUCUACAAAAUGGUCCAACCUUUGAUCAUACACUUGGUACCAAAUAUGGUCGAGUAUUUUUUAUCAAUAGUAGUGAGAAUAUACAAGAAGGUCAGAAGGCUCGAAUUGACACAAAACUUCUCAACCUUGACAAAAAGUGCUUGCGCUUCUGGUAUUUUCUCUCUGGGUCUGAUGUGGGGUCUCUGAAUGUGCUUAUUAAAUAUGGAGACAGUAGUAUGAUUCUGUGGAGUGAAACUGAACCUGAGAGUAAAGAAUGGCAUAUUUCUGAAAUAAAUGUAGAUUCUGUUUCCCCUAUUCCUUUUCGUUUUGUAUUUGAAGCUGUGGCUGGAAGAAAAAUAGGUCUUGGUUCCUUGGCAAUAGAUGACAUUUCUAUAAAAACAAAUUGUCCUUGUACAGGAUGCUGCAAUUUUGAAGAAGAUCUUUGCACAUGGUCCAGUGAUAAGAAUGCUAGUAUCCAGUGGAUAAGAGCAUCAGGAGAGUUUUACCGUUGGGGACCAGAUAGUGAUCAUACAUUUCAAAAUGCCUUUGGUGUGUAUCUGGUUGCACAAGUAAAUACACUCUAUGAACCUCGCUUGGCAAGGCUAGAUUCUCCAUGCUUUGGAAAAGUAGAAAACCGCUGCAUUAAUUUCUGGUAUUAUAUUAAUGGUACAAAACUGCCAAAGCUAGCCAUACAGUCUUCAUCUUGUAUAAGAGAUGAUGUCAAAACACUACUAGUUCUUUCUAUAGAACGUGGAAUUGGGAAAUGGAUCAAUGCUCAAGUUCAGGUGAAUCAUACUGAGUCUGAAGAUGAAACUGAAAGCUAUCGAGUGUAUUUUGAAGCACAGUUUGAUUUCUCCAACCAGCUAAUAGCUUUAGAUGACAUCACUGUGUCUGAAUCAUCUUGCAAUCCCAUAAUUCCUGAACCACCUACAAUCUCAUGUGACAAUGAACAAACUCACAUCUCUGCUGAACAAAUAUGCGACUUCUUUCCUGAUUGUGAUGAUGGAACAGAUGAAGAUAGCUGUGGAACUACUUGUGAUUUUGAAAAAGAUUUAUGUCAGUGGAAAAUAAGAAACCAAUGGAACAAGUGGACUCGACGAGAAGCCAAAACAUCUCCAUACCCACCUUUCUUUGAUCACACUUAUCUUUCAGAGGACAUGGGUCAUUAUGUACAACUGAAGACAGAUUACAAUUCUUACUAUGGCAUAGAAGCUUAUAUAGAUAGUCCAUUACUGAAUCAAGCAUCUUCAACUUGUACAAUGGUGUUCUGGCUGUACAUGACUGGCUCUGAUAGUGAUGUAAUUGAAGUUUUCUACAGAGCUUCUAAUCACUUGCAAGACACUAGAGUUUUAUUUCUUAGUGGGGACCAAGGUCCUCAAUGGCAUCGUGUAGCAGCUGUCAUUGGUCGUGUAAAUACUCAUUUCCUGGUUAUCCUAAAAGGUAAAACAUCCUCUUCAAAAGGAGGACUUGCCAUUGAUGACAUAAAUUUUGAAAGUUGUGAUAUUUAUCGUAAGGAAGAUCAUUAUGUUUGUUCACAAUAUGAAUUUCUGUGUAAUAAUGGACAUUGUAUCUCCUCUGAUCUUAUGUGUGAUUUUAAUGAUGAUUGUAGUGAUUAUUCUGAAGAAGCUAUAACAGAAGAUAGCAAUUGUGAGGAUUAUGUAGGCCGUUGUGAUUUUGAGCAUGACUGGUGUGGAUGGAAGAGAGAUUCCAGUGCAAAUUAUAAUUGGCAAAGAACUUCUGGAAAUACUGAUAGGUAUAGUUAUGAAGACAAACCGUAUCGAGACCAUACAUCAAAUUCAGUCUAUGGGCAUUAUCUCUUUUUCAAUUUUCGAUAUAAAACAGAAGGUCAGUUUGGUCGUAUUAUUAGUCCAGUGAUUAUUAGAAAUGGAGAAAGAUGCCAUUUUAGAUUUUUUUACACCUACAGUACCAAAUUUUUAUCUACAAAGUAUCAUGAGUACAAAGGAACAGGAUUUUUAAGAGUUUUUAGUAGACAAGAUGAACUUGGCAUCUGGAACACAGAAUGGUCCAGUUCCAUUCCUUUGGGUCAGUAUUUUGAGAAGGCAACAGUUGAUGUAAGUCACUUAGAAGGUCCAUUUGAAGUUAUUAUUGAAGCAUCAGUAGGUAAUGAUCAUAUGGGCUACUGGGUAAUAGAUGAUCUGUCUUUUUCUGAAGGGUGCAUGGACUUAAAUAUUACUCUUCCCAAAAUGAGAACAACAACUGUUAUACCUACAAGCCCAAGACCCUGUGUAAAAGAUGAAUUUGAAUGUGGUAGUGGAGAAUGCAUUAGGAGUGAUCAAGAAUGUGAUUUUGUAGCACAAUGCAAAGAUGGUUCAGAUGAACAUUACUGUGGCUCUUGUGCCUUUGAUUCAGACACCAAUUAUCAGUGUGGAUGGAAAGACAUCAGCAAAGGUCGUUAUUCUUGGAAACGUCAGAAAGGAACAGGUACUUCUUCAACCCCAGGCCCAGAAAAGGAUAAAUCAGGCUCUGGUUAUUACAUGUAUGUUAACCACAACAAUGAAGGGCUUAUAUCAAAUGAAGCAGUCCUGAAAUCACCAUUUUUCCAGAAAGCAUUUGCUACAUGUACUAUCACUUUUUCAUAUUAUAUUACAAAUGUUCAGGAUCAUGAUUCAGCAUUAAAACUAUUCUUGGUACCAGGAAAAGAUGCAACACCUGUUUUGCUAUGGCGUCAGUUCACAGAUGAAGGUAAGAGGUGGAUUUCUACAGCUGUUAGUACAGGGUUUAGAGAAAAAGGGUGGUGGGUUGAAUUUAUAGGCAUUCAUACAUCAAGCAAAGCUGAUCUGGCCAUCGAUGAUGUGAUUUUUGUUGGAUGUGCACUACCAGAAGCUCGUGUGUGUAAAGGAAAUGAAUUUAAAUGUGAGAAUGGAGCUUGUAUUAAUGCAACUUUAAAAUGUGAUUUUAGCAACGAUUGUCCUGAUUGGUCUGAUGAAUCCUUGGAUGAAUGUGGAAAGUAUCCUGAAAGAUGUAAUUUUGAAGAAGGCUUUUGUAACUGGAGUCUGGAGACUGAGGAUACUAACUUUCUAUGGGAGUGGUUUUCUGGAAAGACUCUGUCAGAUGACACAGGUCCUGCUCGAGACCAUACAUAUGGAAAUGCUACAGGUCAUUACUUGUAUAUUCGUGCUUCUGAACAAAAGGAUGGUGAUAUUGCAAGAAUAUCAAGCACAAUAUUCAAAGCUGAUACUUCUCAAAAAUGUCUUAUGAGGUUUUGGUUUCAUAUGUAUGGAGAACAUAUCAGUGACUUGAUAAUAUAUAUUCGUCGUAUUAGCUCUAAAGAGUUGACUCAUCUUCUAACAAUCAGCAAUUCCCAAGGUGAUCAGUGGAAACGAGAACAAGUAAUUUUGUACAGCAGACAUGAUUUCCAAGUGGUGAUUGAGGGAGUACGAGGAAAAGGUCCCAAGGGUGACAUUGCCAUUGAUGAUAUUUCAUUUACACCACAGUGUGUUCCAGUUUACAUGGUCAAAACAACACCUAUUCCCACAGUUCAGCCUCCCGGGGUGUGUGAAGAGAAAGGUAUGUUUACUUGUGGAGAUAAUUCAUGUAUAAAUUUAGAAAAAGUGUGUAAUUUUAUGUGGGACUGUCCAUAUGGAAAGGAUGAACAAACUUGUCCCUCAUCAUGCACUUUUGAAAAUGGAAAAUGGUGUGGAUGGUACCUUUCUGAUGAUGUCACUUCUAGUGUUUACUGGAAUGUGACCUAUACAAAUGCUAUAAAAAAUUUGGCUGCUUAUUAUCCUUUAACAGACAAAACAACAAACAGUUCAGAUGGAUAUUACUUACUGAUGUGGAGUAAGUACUCAGCUAUUGGAUCUGAAGCACCAGCCCAGGUGAGAAGUCCAAACUUUAGUUUCUCAAGUUCAACAUGUAAAUUUGUUUUCUGGUACUUCAUUCAAGAAAAUCCCGGCAAAGUUUCAUUGUCCUUGAACAGCACAGAUGUCUCAUCAUUAGAUGUCUGGAUGGAAGGUCGUAAAACCAAGGCAUGGACAUUUUUUGAAAUGGGGUUAGGUCGCAGAAGAUAUCCCUUCUUUUUGUCUUUUACUCGUAUUCAGAAUUAUUUCAUGAGGGGCUCUUUUGCAGUAGAUGAUAUAGAAUUUUUGGACUGUGCUUUUCCAUAUCCGUCCUCACAACCUGAAAAAUGCCCAGUAACAAAGUUUUUAUGUAGAACAACAAACAUCUGCAUUGAUAUGACUAAAAUUUGUGAUUUGACUGAUGACUGUGCAGAUGGAAGUGAUGAAGUAAACUGUCUUGGUGAAAAAUACAUACAAGUUGACUUUGAAGAUAACCUAGGAAUCUUUCAACAAGGUAAAAAUUCAAUAGAAGAUGACUUAGACUGGCAGAAAAGCAAAGGAAUUUUCAGAGAUAGACUUUCUUAUCAGACAGGACCAACAUUUGACCAUACACUUUCAAGUCUUAAUGGUAGUUACAUUUCAAUUUCUUCAGGAGGGAUAAACAUGUUCAACAAAAAAGCAUGGCUUCUUUCCCCAGUUUUCUCUGCCAGUUCAACAUGUACUAUGAGAUUCUAUUCUUACAUGUAUGGGAAACUCAUUAACCAGUUUACUGUCUAUACUCGGACAACAUCUAAUGGAAACUUAACUUCUCUGUGGCAACAUAAUCAUGCUAUAGGAGACUACUGGAUGAGGGCAGAGGUGGUAUUUAAUGAAACCAAAAAUUACCAAAUCAUUCUUGAAGGCAAAGUGGGGCCUGACAAAGGAGAUGCAAUAGCUAUUGAUGACAUCAGUUUCACCAGUGACUGUAGAUACAGCGAUGGAACACUUCCUAUAUACACAACUACAACAACUAGUACAACAACAGAGCCAUCCAAACACUGUGAAGAUGGGAUGUUUUACUGCCCUGAUGAUGACAAGUGUAUUGAUGAAAAGAAAAGAUGUGAUUUCAGAAAGGACUGUAGUAGUGGAAAGGAUGAAAGUGGCUGUGUGGAAUCAACAUGCAGUUUUGACAAAUGGAAUUCAUGUGGUUGGUAUAUACAACAUGAUCCAAGUCCAACUGAAAAUAUACGUGUAUUGAGGAAUAUUAACCAGGACAGUGCAUUCAAGUGGACCAUUGUCCAAGCCAAUGAUACAUUCACCAAGGUUAACAAGGAGUACAGACCAGAAAAAGAUCACACUUGUGACUGUAUCAGUGGAUGGUAUGCUUUAGCAGAUGGUAUUCUGGGAUCAGGAGGUGACACCACUAGCAUUUUAACCCCACGUAUCUCAGUAACUGCAUCCACAUGUACAGUCGAGUUUUGGUUUUACUGUGGAAGUCUCUAUUGCCCUCUACAGCUUGCUGUUAAUGACAGUUAUGGAUUUUCUCUCCUGUGGUUAACAGAGUAUGUCCAAUUUAGUAAAACAUCUGAGUGGCAUCAUGCACAUAUUUAUGUGGGAUCUCGUAGAAAUUUUCAAGUAUAUCUGCAAGCUAGACGACCAACUUACACUUAUCGAAUGGCAGUUUCAGUUGAUGACAUUUCCUUCUUGUCAUGUGCUCCACCUCUACCACCUCCACCUGGUAAAAUAAUAUGUGAGACAGGGGAAGCCAUGUGUGGUAAUGGUGUCUGUAUUAAUGAAAACCAACUUUGUGAUUUCCUAAAUGACUGUGUAGACAAAAGUGAUGAGUCUGAAGUCAGAUGCCAAAUAUAUCAUGGCCGUUGUAGUUUUGAAUAUGGAAUCUGUGUUAACUCAUGGAAAAUUGAAAAAGACUCUGAAAUUGAGUGGAAAGUUGUCAUUCCCAGCCAAGAUGAAAAUGGAGUAACACCUUUCAUUGACCACACAACCUUGUCUAAUUCAGGGAAAUUUAUAUCUGUGGUACGAAAAAUCUACCCAAGCAAUUCAGGUAAAAAGGCAAGACUUGCAUCAUAUGUCAUUGAUGGGUCUAAAGAUGAGGAUUGUCGGGUUCGUUUCUGGUAUAAUAUCAUAGGAGAGGAUAUUGUCUUGAAUCUACUUAGACGUACUAGCUACAGUGAAGAUGGUUUAAAUUUGCUGCAGUCAAUUCAGGUUGAAGAUGGGUCACUUGCUUUCUGGAAGAAAGGGGAUUUUCUGAUUAGUUCUUCGACAAAUAGUGAUCCUUACAAAAUUGUUUUGGAAGCUGUUGUUGGGGUUAAGUAUGGAAGUGUCAACAUAGAUGAUGUAUCCUUGACUCCAGGAUGUGAAAAGUCAGAAGAGGAAUUACCAGGACAACCAAUAACAGAAGUCCCAGAUGACUGUAGGCCAGAAAAACUACCAUGUGACAAUGGUCAGUGUUACUCACUUGUGCAAGCAUGCAACUUCAUUGAUGACUGUGGUGAUAUGACCGAUGAGAAGGACUGUGGCACAUCAUGUGAUUUUGAGAAUGGGAUGUGUGGAUGGUACAACUCUCGUGGUUUGAAGGCAAACUGGACUCUUGGAUAUGGGGUGACAUGGUUUUAUGAUUCUGGACCAAAAUUUGACCAUACAUUCAAAAAUGCUAGUGGUCAUUACCUGUAUCCUGGAAAAGGAGAAUGGAACAAAGUGGAUAUCAUAGCCCAACUUCAUUCCAAAGUAUAUGUCGUAUCUGGCCCUCAUUGCAAAUUGACAUUUUGGUACCAUAUGUGGGGAAAACAUAUGGGAAGCCUUUCUGUUAUACUAAAGAAUACUCAGUUAAAUACAAAGGCCCAAACCGUAUGGACACAAGCAGGAGAUCAAGGAAAUGCAUGGCAUCAAGCUUCGAUAGAAAUAAACUACCGUCGUCAGUUUAGUCUCAUGUUUGAGGCUAAGCAUGGCAGUGGUUUUAUGACAAAUAUGGCAAUUGAUGACAUUAAAUAUUUAAACUGUAACCCAGAUUCCCCACCUUUAACAUGUAUUACUGGAGAGUGGCAGUGUAGUGACAUUGCACAGUGCAUCAAGAUAUGGGAAUACUGUGAUGGCAAAUAUGACUGCAAGGACAAAUCAGAUGAAUACAAAUGUAUUUCUCAAUAUGGUGACUGCAGCUUCGAUGAUGAUGAUUGGCUGACUUCUUGUGAUUGGCGACUUCUUGAGGACUCAAAUUUUUAUUGGUCUAGAGCCCAGAAGUCUCACAGCAACCAGACUGGUCCAGAUAGAGAUCAGAACCAACGUCAGAAAGGGUAUUACUUGUUCAUCAACAGUUCUGAGCAUGAACUUGGAGAAUAUGCUGGAGUUAGCACUCCUGUUUUUAAGGCUAAUACUGGCAAUUGUCAUCUGAGGUUCUGGUACUAUAUGUUUGGCUCUGAUAAGAUGGGUCAGUUACAGGUGCGAGUGAAUGGACUUGGUGGACAAUCCUACAUGGUGUGGAAAAAAACAGGAAAUCAAAAACAAAGAUGGCUUUAUGCUCAUAUACUCGUGGGUAGCAGUCAAGAUUAUCAAAUAUUGUUUUUAGGAUUUGUGGGUGGUGACAACUAUACAGACAUUGCUGUUGAUGAAGUUAAAUUUACCAGUGGCUGUAAAGAUGGUGGUGAACCAGUGACCCCAACUGCUCCAACUUGUAAACAGUCAGAAUUUGAAUGCUUCAGUGGUAAGAUCCAGUGCAUCUCUAACAUGUGGAGGUGUGAUUGUGUGUUUGACUGCGAAGAUGGCAGUGAUGAGGAAAACUGUGGUAUUUCAUGUUUGUCCACUGGAGCUACAAGAUCUGUAUCCAUAUCUCCACCAACUGUAACCUCUCAUCCUGGUACACUGCCUCCUCAAAAAAACUGUUCAUCAGGAUGGGUCCACUGUAAUGAUACUGAGGAUACUUGUAUUCCGGCUAUCCUUUUGUGCGAUGGUGUACCUGACUGUCCUAAAGGGAUAGAUGAAAAGUAUGGAUGCCCUGCUUUACCUCCAUGUGAUGAAGGCUAUUAUUUCUGUAAAGACAAGUCUUAUCCUCCAUGUGUGGCUGAAAAUCAGCUAUGUGAUGGAAAAAAUGACUGUAGUGAUUCGUCCGACGAGAGCUUGUGUGUAGAAGAGUGUCCCAGUUAUUUCUGCAAGAAUAAUGCUAACUGUAGCAUCACUGAACGCAAGGUGCCUAAAUGCAGUUGCCAGGAGGAAUAUGAAGGAAACCGAUGUUCCUUCAAGAUCUUAAAACCUCCAACACAGCCACCAUCCCACCGUUCAUUAUCCGACAGCAAAGCAUGGAUAGUUGGAAUUGUGAUUGGACUUUUGUUAGUAGGAGCCAUUGUUGCACUUACUAUCCACCAGUACGUGCAGAAAAAGAAAGAAGAAAGGAAGAAUAACCCUCAUUCCAUUGACAAUCCAGUGUAUGGGCUGCCAUUAGAUAAUGUCAAAUUUACUGUAGGAGAUUCCGUUACCUCUUUACCUGGCCAGCAAACUGCUUCGGGAAGUACUGCACCAGGUCAGGAUCUCCCAACAGAGAUACAAAAUCCACUGUAUGAUAAUUAGCAUUAAAAAAGAAAUUGAUUUGUACAAAAACACAGAUCAUAUAAAAAUAUUUCAAAUUAUUAAAUUCGUCGGCAAGUGAAAUGUAUUUGUGUGUUACUUGUAGUAAUAAAACAAUAACAAACAUAA